AUGGAGGCGGCUCCCACUCAAGUGGCAUGCUUGCACUGCCGAGAAAAACAUCUGAAAUGCGACGGAAAUGCAUCUGGAUGUGCGAGAUGUAUUUCUUUGAAUCUAUAUUGUCAAUUCGUCGCUUCGCGUCGCGGCCGCAAGACUCGUCCCGGCCCAUACCAUAUCCCACAGACUCCUGGCCUCGAAAACUACUCCACUCCUGCAGUGAUAACAACACCUCUUUUCCCUCUAGACAAUAUUCUUGAGGAAUCCGGUACUGUUACCGUUCCACAAUCUGUCGGCCAGCAAGGCCUCAACAUCCACCUCAUCUCUUCAUACUACUCGAAUUUCCAUACAGCCCACCCGUUUCUUCCUCCGUUCCAACAAUUCUUGCAGUCGAACCCCCCAAAGUACAUUAUUGAGGUUAUCGAAUUUGUCAGCUCGCAAUAUCUUCCAGCUCACUAUACGGUAAAUACCACUGACCUGCUAAUAUCAUCGGUUGACAAAGCUGGUCUGAGUGUGGAGAAAGUUCAAUCUUUUUUACUCUUGUCAAUAGUCUCUCAUGGGCGCCAGAAUCCAGAAAAAGCAAGAACCUGUCUUUCCUGUGCAAUCAAACAAAGCCUAGACCUUGGCAUGCACCAAAGACAGUUUUCUGACAAUACCGCUAUGCAAGACCCUAUAAGAGCGGAAAGCAUCCGACGAACUUGGUGGGAAAUAUUCGUCGUUGACACCCUCCUUGCUGCGUUACAAAUUGAGGGCUCGCUGCAGGUUGAUAUUGAAGAGUACCCAGACGUGCCGCUUCCGCUUGAGAAAAACGAUUAUAGUGAUUCUUGCAUAGGAAGCCCCCUGAUCUGCCUGCGUGACCUCGAGAGGCAACUCCUCCCACAUGAAGAGGGAGACUUCUCUUCCUUGGCGUACAGGGUCGAAGCCGCCAUCACGCUUCGAAAAUGUUUACUGGUAACCGAGACACAGAUAUCCCAGCAAGCGGGAGACAUCCCCGAUGCAUCCGUAGCUAGCUGGUUUCAUCGAAUACCGAAGUCUAAGCGGGCGACCAUGGACAAUACAGGCGAGAUCGACCAUCCGAUUUUCCAAGCUAUUAUGAUUAUGCACUGCGCUUCCAUUUACCUGCACUAUCCGAGAUCGUAUCUUCCCUCCUUUCUUCCGUCCACCAACCAAGUAAUUUGUUAUCAACCCCCCGGACCAUCCGUGUCAGCAAAUCCCCUGAUCCAUACAGCAAAAGUAGUGAGUUCGGCUGUCAGCGUGUCCAAACUUGCUUCAUUGUCGACGUUAACCACUUCCCAUACCCCAUUUUUCGCCUGCGCUAUGGUUUUGAGCUCCGUCAUACAACUAGCUGUUCUGUCUGCUGACUGGUUGCCGUCAUUCGGAGCAAACUCGCAGUAUGUGGGUUUGAAUAUUGGGGUCCUUAACUCGAUGGGAGACACUUGGGAGAUUGCGCGCGUUUCCAUGCGACGGAUACGUGAGAUGACCAGCGGGGUCCUGGAUACACAAACUGGUGACUCAAGAGUAUUGCUUAAUGUUCUUGACCUACAGCCAUAA